GUCAAGAGUCUACUGUCAGUUAUUGUGAAGAAACCUUAAUGCCUAUACCACAGUAUAGGAAAAUUUAUUAAUGCAAUGCAGAUGUUGAAGCUCUGUCACUUUCCAGUUUUCUUCAAAUAUAUGAAUAACCUCAUAUAUAAAAAUAUUCUGUAUAUGUGAACCAUGUAAUAAAGGAUCUUACCAACACAAGUAUGUUCACAGAUGCAAACCAACUCUUAAUAAAGUGGAAUAACAUGAGUGUGAACAAUGAUAAAACCUUAAUAUCUGGUUCUUCUUUACAACUGAACCAAAUUGUAAAAUUAAUUCAUACAGAUAUAAAGAUUAAACAGUGUAUUAGAUGUGAUAAUGUUUUUACAUGUCCCAUUAUUUUUGAAGUCAUGAACAAAAUCAAACUGGAAAGAAACAUACUAUAAACACUCAAUGUGUUAAAGAUCUUUCAUAUCCCAGUACUCUUCAAAUGUAUAAAAAAGAACAUACUGGAGAGAAACCCUAUGAAUAUAAUCAAUGUGGUAAAGCUUUUGAAUUUCAAAGCCAUCUUCAAGAACAUAAAAGAAAGCAUACUGGAAAAAAAAAACCCUAUGAAGAAAAUCACUGUGGUAAAGCCUUUUCAUGUCAAAGUAGUCUUCAAAUUCAUAGAAAAAAAACUCAUAUUGGAGAGAAACCCUGUGAAUGUAAUCCGUGUAGUAAAGCCUUUACACAAUUCAGUAGUCUUCAAAAGCAUACAAGAACCCAUUCUGGAGAGAAACCCUAUAAAUGUAAUUUGUGUGGUAAAGCCUUUGUACAAUUCAGUUAUCUUCAAAGGCAUACAAGAACACAUACUGGAGAGAAACCCUAUGAAUGUAAAGAAUGUGGUAAAGCCUUUGCAUAUCAUAGUCAUCUUCAGAGGCAUAAAAGAACACAUACUGGAGAGAAACCCUAUGAAUGUAAAGAAUGUGGUAAAGCCUUUGCAUAUCAUAGUCAUCUUCAGAGGCAUAAAAGAACACAUACUGGAGAGAAACCCUAUGAAUAUAAUCAGUGUGGGAAAGCCUUUACAAGUCAUAACCAUCUUAAUAGACAUAAAAGAACACAUACUGGAGAGAAACCAUAUGUUUGCAAUCAGUGUGGUAAGGCCUUUGCCCUUCACAGUCAUCUUCAAAGGCAUAAAAGGCCACCUCCUGGAGAUAAACAAUAUGAAUGUAAUCAAUGUGGUAACAAUGAUGACCAGAAUAUGGUGUCUGAUCCCCUGUGA